AUGACUGAGCAUGUACAGGAGCAGGAGAUGGAAAUCGAAGCAUUGGAAGCCAUACUUAUGGAUGAGUUCAAAGAAAUUCAUUCCAGCGAGAGUGGCCUAAAUACUUCUAAUCGUUGCUUCGAAAUAACAAUAUCCCCGCAGGAUGAUGAUGCGGAUGAGUCUACUGUCCUUCCAGUUCAGCUAGGUCUUGUUUUCUCCCACGCAGAAAAAUAUCCAGAUGAACCUCCACUUUUGAAUGUGAAGAGCAUACGAGGUAUCCAAUCAGGCGAUCUUAAAAUUUUGAAAGAAAAGCUUGAGCAAGAGAAUGUAGUCAAGCUAUGGAGGUAUAACACUUAUGAUGGAGCUGCAUCUGACAACCUCAUGUGCUUGGAAAAGCCAAGGAAUGUUAAUGCACUUUCUUCCUGUUGUGUUACCGGAGAUGCUGAUGGGGAAAUACAAGAAAAAAACCCUCAAAAACUGAUUAAGAAGAUCAAGAACUGA